GAAUACAUUUCCCACAAUGCAGUAGUAAUGACGCACGCGGUAGAGUUCAGGGGAACCAUGACAGUCUGCACAGUUGCAUGCUUGGAGUUCUAGCUACCGACUUUUGCUUGCUAGGACCAUGUCGAUUUCUGGACCCUGGAAGAAGCCGAAAUGACUGACAGAGUGAACUGACACCACAACACAAAGCUUGGCAGCUAACCUUUUCAACGGAGACCGCGGGCUUCUCUGGAUAUUUCCCCCAGGGACAACCACGGCACCACGGGAACAACAAGUAUCAUUCAGUAUCAGCCAGAGGUAGCAGCUGGAGCUCUCAGUCGCAUCGUCUCUGAUCCUCUGGAGCCUGUUAAUUCCUGCUUGAACCUCAAGAUAGCUUCUCAGACAACACACUGGGUCAACAAUGCCUGCGGACCCCCUACCUGAACGCCCAGUCUGCAUUUGUGAUUUGGUGUUGGACAUCUUGCAACCAACGUACCUUUCCAAAAACCCCUGACUGCCGGUGUGGGCGUCAGCUUCCUUCUGGUGUCACCUUCUAGCCUCUGCUGUUGUUUCUCAUCUCCUUUUUAGAAGGGCAGGAUGCCUUUAGUGAUUAGAGAAACUUCUUCGGCUGUACGGGUAUAAUGCACGCAUGUGUGCUGCUGGAGUUUACUUGAGCGAGGCACUGAAUCUAUUCCAGCUCUAGGAAUUCUUUGCAGUGGACUUUGAACACUGGCCUCUCUCUAGAUACGGAGAGCAGAAAAGAGAAUUUCCCUGCAGGAAUACAGUAAAUAUCACCCUAUCGAUUUAUUGCUACAUCCACACCCAAGAAAAGACCUUCAGUCUUAGACCAGGCCUCUGCAGCUCCCCUUCCCUUCGCCACCCCAGUACCAUGCUGGGUGCACUCCUGCGGAGGAACAUGUCCCAGAAGCUGAGUGUGCUGCUGAUGGUAUUCGGCCUGGCGUGGGGACUUAUGCUGCUGCGCUACACUGUGCAGCAGCCUCGCCAUCAGAGCAGCGUCGAGCUACGUGAGCAGAUCCUUGAGCUCAGCCGGCGAUACGUCAAGGUCCUGACAGAGGAGAACCAGAAUGCACCAGGUGGGCCGCAGGGAACCUCCAUGGCUGGUUAUGCUGAUCUGAAGAGGACUAUCGCUGUGCUGCUGGACGACAUUUUGACACGGCUGGUCAAACUGGAGGGUAAAAUUGAGUUGGCUGUCAAUGCCUCGUCCACUAACACCUCCCACACAGCAGGGGGCGUCCUUGCCUCUGCUGCAGCUGCCCUACAGAAAUCCUCAAAGCAGGAGACAGCUGACAGCCACCCAGGGAUGUCCCGCCUUCACCCACACAUCCCUAAUAGGCCUCGGCCACAUCAUGGAGCAUAGUCUAGUUUUUGUUUUUUAGCACAUCACACUUUUCCAGCAUUUAUCACUGAUGUUACAACAUCAGACGAAUGAAAAGCAAUAGGGAGACAUGGACAUCUAGAAAAAUUAAAUUUGGGAUGCUUCUCAGAAAUGUUCGGCCAACUCGGAGGGAAGAAGAAGGACUUCUUUAGGCUCUGUCCUAUCUUAUGCUGAUAUUUUAUUUAUUUUUUACCAGGACUAUCCAGCACAUUUUUUAUAUUUGCAUUGCUGAUUUUCUUUGGUUUAGAUAGAUUUUUAGCAUUUUUUUGAAUAAUGCCAUAUUUGAAUCUUAUGACUGUUUUAGCAAAUGCAGAGAGGUAUAAAUACUCUUGGAACUGAACCAGAUUCUCAUACGCUUUAUCAUAAAAAUAGCUUGAAAUGCUCCCCUAUCUAAAUUGUAUACUGUUUUACAAUACUGCUUCAAUAUAUCAAAAUGCUGACCUAAACAGUACACUCGUUAGUAAAUAGUUAGGAAUAGCUGUUUUGUAGGUUUUAGCUGGUGCAGUUGCUAAUUACUGUAUGAAGAAGAUUCUACUUUAAGCUUACACAUAGUCUUAAGAAUAUUUCAAACUGUAUAGUUCGCCUGUAAGAGAUAAUCCAAAGAAUGUUAUAUUUGCACUCCAUCUGCAGGCAGGAUAAUUGUGUAUAUACAGUUGCUGUUAAGACAGUUUGAGGUUUAUGCAGAAUAUGAAUGGAUGAUUCCUAUUUGCCAAUGUUAACCAGAGCGUGUGUGUGUGCUUUGUCUCAGUUUAAAUCCAAAGGUUCCCUUGCCCAGUGUUGAGAAAUGUUUUAAUUUAGGUGUGUAGCAGAUUGAAUGUACUGUGUAGUCAGUCUUCAGCCCUUUCGUGCUGUUAAGAUGACUGACCUACUGCUUACACAUGUUCAGGGUUCAUGUUGCACUGUGACUCUAUAGAGAUUUUCUAAAAAUACUGGGCUCAUUCAACUUUGACUUAAGGGAUAUUUUUAGGAUGUGAGACGUCAUGCUCUGGAAUAUCAAUUCUUCUGCGUAUCAUUACCAUAAUACUAAGAAGCUCUGGCACCUGUCCAUAGAAAGAAGAUCUUUAGUUUGCACAUCAUGAAGCUCAUUAACGUGAUAGGUUUGUGCGGGAAGAAAAGUGGGCAAUACUUUCAUUGAUACUACUUGAGGAUUGUAUGAGACAAAGUCAAUGUGGGAGGCAUACAUUUUUUAAUAAUGUUGCUUACACAUUAGAGACUUAACUAUAUAUGAAGGCCUUUAGACUAAACUGUGUUAUGACUAUUUCUGCAUUGAGUAAUGCCAUAAAUGUAUUUUGCUUCAUAAUGCUGAAGUUGAAAAGAUGUUGAGCCAGUCAGCUGCUGUGAGAUAGCUUCAUUAAUAAAUUGACAUUAUGGAAAAAAUA